GGCCCCAUCAUUCAAUGUAAUCUGCCUCAACUCCCUGUCUUUCCAGGUGUAGAUUAAUCCUCUCCUUCAGAACCUUUUUCAAUAAUUUCCCUCCCACUGAUGUUAGACUAACUGGCCUAUAAUUGCCUGUGAAGGAAUGUGUCACACACCUACCCUCUUCAUCCAAAAGCCCUUCUUAGAUUGGCUACUUGUUCAGCUACUUAAGUAACCAGAAGGUAUUUGCAUAACUGCGUUUAAUUAUCUGAAUGAUUUCAAUGGCAAAGGUUGAAUGAGAAUGUGCAAGGACUGAAUUCCAGAUACAUGUGACGACUGCUGAAGAUGUCAGAUAGUGUUGAUGCUGAAGAGAAACCACCAGCUCCUCCCUUGAGAAUGAACAGUAACAAUCGUGACUCAUCUUCCCUUAACCACGGCUCAAAGCCUCUCCCACUGGUUCCCGAGGAAAAGAACAAGAAAGCCCGACUGCGCUCCAUUUUUCCAGGGGCAGGAGACAAGACUAACAAGAAGAAAGAAAAAGAACGUCCAGAGAUCUCUCUCCCUUCAGAUUUUGAGCACACGAUUCAUGUGGGAUUUGAUGCAGUUACAGGGGAAUUCACAGGCAUUCCUGAGCAAUGGGCAAGACUCCUACAGACAUCCAAUAUCACUAAACUGGAGCAAAAGAAAAACCCUCAGGCUGUUCUGGAUGUCCUGAAAUUCUACGAUUCCAAAGAGACUGUUAAUAAUCAGAAAUAUAUGAGCUUCACCUCUGGAGCAGUCUAUUCUCUGAUGGUCCCCCUUCUAAAGCAGUACAAGUGCACAGAGAUAACUGAUAAACCAGCUGAUGGAUACAUAGCAGGAAAUGCUCUGAACACAAAGAUAGCAUCAGAACCACCGGUUGUACCACCUGUGUCGGAGGACGAUGAUGAGGAUGAUGACAAUAUGCCCCCACCAGUGAUAGCUCCUCGGCCUGAACACACAAAAUCGAUUUUUACCCGAUCAGUAAUUGAGCCCAUUGUUCCACUGGCACCUGUCAAAGAUGUGACAACUUCUCCAGUCACAACACCACCUGAAAAUGUGAGUGGUCUGAACAGCCAGCUCUGCAGAAACACCGACAAACAAAGGAAGAAAUCCAAGAUGACAGAUGAAGAGAUCCUUGAAAAAUUAAGGAGCAUAGUUAGUGUGGGUGAUCCCAAAAAGAAGUACACAAGAUUUGAAAAGAUCGGGCAAGGAGCAUCUGGCACUGUAUAUACAGCAAUAGAUAUUGCCACUGGACAAGAGGUGGCGAUUAAACAGAUGAAUCUGCAGCAACAGCCUAAAAAGGAGCUGAUUAUAAAUGAAAUCCUAGUCAUGAGGGAAAAUAAAAAUGCGAACAUUGUCAACUAUUUAGACAGUUAUCUUGUGGGGGACGAACUCUGGGUAGUCAUGGAAUAUCUGGCUGGGGGUUCCUUGACAGAUGUCGUCACAGAGACAUGCAUGGAUGAAGGCCAAAUUGCAGCAGUGUGUCGGGAGUGUUUGCAAGCCUUGGAAUUCCUGCAUUCCAAUCAGGUCAUCCACCGAGAUAUCAAGAGUGACAACAUCCUGUUGGGAAUGGAUGGAUCAGUUAAAUUAACUGAUUUUGGAUUCUGUGCUCAAAUCACCCCUGAGCAGAAUAAACGGAGCACAAUGGUGGGGACACCAUACUGGAUGGCCCCUGAAGUAGUCACAAGGAAAGCCUAUGGCCCAAAGGUGGACAUAUGGUCAUUAGGAAUUAUGGCAAUUGAAAUGAUUGAAGGAGAACCGCCUUAUCUGAAUGAAAACCCUCUCAGGGCUUUGUAUUUGAUUGCUACCAAUGGGACUCCAGAGCUGCAGAACCCAGAGAAACUCUCAGGAGUCUUCAGGGAUUUCCUCAAUCGCUGCUUGGAAAUGGACGUAGAACGCCGAGGCUCAGCCAAGGAGCUUCUGCAGCAUCCAUUCUUGAAGUUUGCUAAGCCACUCUCGAGCCUCACCCCUCUGAUAAUCGCAGCCAAGGAGGCCGUUAAGAACAACCGUUAGAGCAAGGGAUGGUUUCCAUCGUCACCCCUCUCCCCCUCCCUCCUGCCGUGAAAGAGGGGCUAACCAGAGCUGGACUGUGUCUCACCUGGAGAAACCUUGAUCUCCUUCCGUUGCAGGACAGAGAAAGCUAGCACAGUGAUGGGGUACUACAGUGAUGUUUCUUUUCACCUUAACAUCUUGUUUGAUCCCAUCUGGAUUCUUAAUUUCAAACAGAAUUGCCCAUAUUGAUAAGGCAUUGUGGUGUCUCUUAUUUUUCCACUUUUUUUUUCUCCUCCAAACACAUAAAACAAUUUUUUUUAACCAUUUGGUUGUUUUGGGGGUCUAAAUAGAGAACUUGACACAUUUGUUAAAUAUCCAGGCUUAGAGGACUCAUGGCUGUAAGUUGUAGCAAAUGAGUGAAGCCUUUUGGAAAAGUGAUGAAACUUUUCAGACAUUUCUGUGAUCGUUGAAUAAAUGUCUGGAUAAUUCCAUGUUCCAGUGAGUACAAAACCAUGUCAUGCUUCCAGAAGAGAGAUGUUCUGUCAGACUAAAUAAAGAGGCCUUAAGUUCUUCGGUAUUGCUUUAUAACACAUUCGCAGUGCUGUGAUGAAUGAAGUUUUCAUUCCUUUGUGUAUAUAUAUAUAUUUUAUACAGGUUUCAAGUCUAUCUCUUGAUAUUUCUUUAGUAUAUUGUCUUAAUAUUUAUUAAUAAUGGAAUUGGAACUGUUGGGUUUUCUGUUAAAUAUAUUGAUUUUUUUUCUGCUUUCCGGACAACCACAGUAUUAUGGAAAAGUUCGAUUUCUAUUGAUAUAAAGCCAAUUGAUAAAUGUGGGCCCAAUGGUGAUAGUGUAGUUUGUUAAAAGCAUACAAGGCAUUUAUGGCAAAAGGAAGACUCAAAAUGCCCUGACACGAUCGCAGUAAGGAGGCCAUGAACCCAACUAUUAGUAACUUUGCCCAAGAGGAGAAAGGCCUAAUGUUCUAAUAACGACUUUGUCAGGCCGUGGUGGGAACCAUUUUGCAUGGAAGCUUAAAAGGAUUGAAAUAGAAAUAUUGUCUGUGUGUUUAUGGAUUUUUUUUCUCUUACAUGGUCCCAUAAACCAUUUUCUGAGACAAUGUGAUAGCUAAUAACGAUAAUUAAGCAAGAUGAGGUGAGCAGAAUGUGAGUCAAUCGCUCUAUACCCCAAACACAACCACCACCUCUUCCUGCCCCUUGCUCCCACUGAACCAAAUGCCAGAGGGGAAACAGAAAGGCCCUUCAUCAGGGUUACUGCCUGAUUCAUGCUUGGCAAACACAGCUGUCUACUAUUUGCACUUUCCAAAAAGAGGUUUUAGAUAAAUUAGGUUCUUAUAAGUGUGCAGACUUUAAAACCUGUCACAUUUGUGUCAAAAAAAACCAUCUGCACAUUCCUCUCAAUAAUGAAUUGAUCUCAAGCCUUCCUAACUGUUUACACUUGCACUGAAUAACUGCAUUGUUUUAUUUCUGACUGAAGCCCUUUUUACUGAGCUUGGGAUGUUAGUUUAAAAGAGUGAGCUCUGGGGGAAAGGAAAAGGAAGAUUCAUGUACUCAUCCCUAGGUGUGACUUGAGCAGUCUUUAUUCCCCAUACAGCCCAUAUGGCAGAUGUAGACAUGUAUGCUUUCUCCACCCUACCCAUGGUAUCACAUGUUCCUUGGAACCCUCGUUAGAUCUUCCAAAUGUUAUUCAUGCCAGGCUGAUGUAAGACUUCUGUUGUGGCAUCACUACUUUCAACAAAAAAAAGUCAAUCUCGUCUGUGACUAAGACUCUUGAUGAGUCUUCAAAAUGACCAAAGGCAUUAACAGACCCUGGGAAAUAAAUAAACACUGUAGAGAUGGGCUUUGCUCUAAGCCACCUUAAAGAAAAUAUUAAUGGAAAAACAGGGUUCCAAAGAGUAGCCUGUCAUCAGAAACACCUGUUGUAUAUAUGGCGAGCUAUUUGGUAAUGAGAUUUAAUUAAAAAUGAAAGAUCCUGCAGAAUUUAGAUGGGCUGAAUAGGCCAUACAGUGUUUAUUCAGUAUGGCUGAUAAAAUAACAUUCAAGGAUGUUAAUUAUGUUGGAAACUGAGAAACUUUUUGCAGACAUUAAUCAAGUUGCAAAGAGGGCAGCCUGGUGCUCUUGAUAUGGUCACUCCUUCUCCUAGUGAAACAGUUGAUGAUAGUACCCUUUCCCUGUCUCCCAAGGCCCAAGAGUAUGGUCACAAUACAGUUAUACACUCGCUCAUCAGCAGCAGCACCAUUAUGACUAACAUUAAAUAAACCUGCAUAACAACAUGAAUUGUUGUAUGUGGUAUCUUGGUGACUAAUAAUGGUGAGGGUUGCCAUACUGAAAGAUGAACUGGUGAAGGAAAUGUGUCAGACCCAAUGUUCUUCAAGGGGUUGUUGAUAUUCUGUCGAUGGUGUGGUAAAGUUAUUGAAUGAUAGCAUGCAGGCUCUUAACAAUGAGCUUGUUAGCAAUAUUCCUAAUUUACUUCAGAGGUAUAGGACCUACUGUGCUGAGAUAAGGAAGGAGGGCAGAUUUUCCUUGCAUUAACAGUGAAUUGCCAUUACAGUCAAGGAAAGUAGCAGUGUUUUGUAAAUGUGUACUCCGUUUUUUCAAAUGUUUAUUUAUCUCCACUCAAGCUUCAGAAAACCAUUUGCAAUUAAUUGUUAGUUCACAAAGGUAAAGUAUUUCUAGGAAAGCUGUAAAUCAGAUAAAGACAUUCAUUAUUUUCCAUUCUAGCAGUAUUAAGAAUCUAUGGCUUUGUCAGAAAGAAGUGUCAAAGUUCAUUCUUUCCAAACAAACUGCAUUCAAAGACCACCCAAAGGGAAUAAGUUCCUUUAAGGUUUUAAUACAGAACAUUUUGAUGGGUGGUUAAAGAAAUCCCCUGCAUUUUAAUAUGUUUUCUUUCCUUGUGAGGAAAGGUUGGUUUUGAUUUGUCCAAUUCUGACCAAAUAUAAGGACACAACAUCGUACUUAAUUUCUAGUGCUUUAGUUUGUCAGGAAAAAACUAUUUGCUUUUUAAAAGGUUUCGUUAUUGAGUGCAGCACCAAUGUAGUACAGACCUUAAUAGACCAGGAGGUACCAGAUUCACCCCUUGGAACUGUGCUGAUUUCAGUAUGUGUGCUAUAAUUAGCAAUUAUACCUCUCUUUGGGGUAUGGAUAAAGAUCAGUCAAGUUGCCAGCUAAUGAUCGCUUCCUGGCAUUAACUGCUUGAAAAGGGCAUUCAUCUUGAAACAUGGCAAAGACAAUAACCCGACAGAGCUGUGAGCCACGUGCAGCCCAGCUAUCUGCUGACAAUAUCCAGACCGACAGUGAGAAAUGGGCAUUUGAAAGAGGUGGCAAAGGCUUGUCUGCCUGGAUGGUGCCUUUUAAACUGUUUUCCAUGUGUAACUGUGCUGUCAGGAGAGGGUGAAUAAAAGGAAAUUUUUAUUUGCUGUAGUUCUGGUUUUUUUUAUAUAUAGAAAAACCACACAUUUGAUCUUUCCCUAAAAUUGUCCGUUGAUCAUUUUGGAAUGAACUCUUCAGCCGCUAGUCUGCCUCAUCAGCACCACAGAAGCAAAUACUUUCAUUUUAUUUUUUUAAAAAAUCAUGAUUUAUAGAAGUGCAAGAAGAUGCUAAUUAUAAACAUUCCAGCAAUACUUUGAUUUAAGAAGGCUAAGGCCAAAACUGAAGCAAACAUUCUUUUAAUGCACCUUCCUUAAAUGAGAUCCAUUCCAAGUUUUUCCAUCAUUCCCUGCUUUGUAUCUUUCUGCUAGUAAAUUGUCAUUACCUUCCACUCGCAACAUAAAACAAAUUAUCACUGAUGUGUUUAUUUAAGUAUGUAAGAAAAUUUUGUUGUAGCUAAUGAAAGUAUUUUAAGAACAAUUUGAAGAGAUGCUGAAUGUCAUACAUUCAAACCAUAGGAAAACAAGAAUUGGAAGAGGAUUGAAUAUUGCUGUUCAACGUAUCAUGACAUCAUUUUUUUGUUUCUAUUUCUUUGCCUGUAUGUCCUCUUUUGGAAGAAGUGUUACUUGUACAUUUGAUGUGAAAUUUCCUCUACUGUGAAAAUGAAUUUUUAAAAAGGUACUCUGGAAUUUUUUUUUUCCUUUUGACGACUUUUUAUUUAAUUUGGGGAAAUGCUGGAAAUAACUUUGUUACGCACACAAUCCCAGACCUCAGCGUUUCAGCAAUGUUGUUGGUUUGUUAAGGUUUUCUUUUCAUUUUAUUUGUUCCGUCUGGUCUCCCAAUGUUUCAGACGGGCCGAAGCAAUAGAAGUGAUUCAUUUAAACCGUGGAUUGUGCAUGAAUAGUGUCUUUAGUGUUUAAAAAAGAAAAGCCACAAAAAAUUGGAGUUUGAAGCUUUGACCUAAAGUAUUACAAAAUAAAGAUCAUUUAAAC